AUGUUUCGUGUGUCCUGUAGAUACCUUGACAAGGUUCCCUUUGCCACUCUCUUUGGAUACAACGGCGUCCUGCAGAGCGUUUUCUCCGCCCCCGUGCACAAGGAGGCGAUUGUGGUGGAGUUGCCAGGGAAGGUGCCGCAGCGCUUCACAUAUGGGCGACUGCAGAAGGACGUGCUCUCAAUGGCAAACAUCAUUGUGCAGCGGCGCGAGGCGCUGAUGCGGGCGCAGGGGAAGCCGUCACUGAGUUGGAUGCAACAACCGCGGCCGUACAAUGUAGAUAGCAUCUUUGCAGAGGAGGUCGGAAAGGUGCCGAGCUGCGACUACAUGAAAGAUGACGGCAUUUACAACAUAGCCAUCAUGAGCGACACUAGCUACACAUUUGUCGUGUCGCUCCUGGCGAUAUGGUCUUUGAAUCAAAUGGCCGUUCCCAUCUCCAUCUCCCAGAAGUACGCCGGAGAGUUAUCGUACAUUCUUGAUCAUAGCAAGAGCCGUUUGGUGAUGGGUGAUAGUGCGUUGUUGAAGGAGCGUUUUCCGAAGGAGUAUGAGGCACUUAUGGUGUGCAGCUUCACUAGUCUGCAUCGUCACACAAUGACGUCGCCAAAGGGCACGUACAAUGUAGAGACGAUGUUUGACGCACAGACGAUUCUUGCACAAAUCCAAGAGCGGCGGGAGCGUGCGCAGGCGGCGACGGCGAUGCUUCUCCCCGAGCAUCUCAUGCCGGAGAAGGAGCGGGAGCAGAUACACAGCGCGCAAGAAGUCAUUGACCGAUUGGCGCAAGAAAAAGCCGCAGAGGAGGAGCGACGUGAGGCAUGGCGUCAGUACAGGAUACGGGAGCAGUUCAAGGCACACUGCGCCAUUACUGACGCUGGAGAUGGGACAGGGCUGUACUAUGACACUGAUCACCUCGACUCCCUCAAUGCGGUGCACCGCCGCUGGGUGGAGGAUUAUUACUCCCGCCCAAGUAAACGCGAUGACUGCGUGAUGAUUUACACAUCUGGAACCACCGCAAACCCGAAGGGUGCCGUUCACACCCACGCGAGCGUCCACAAUAUGGUGAAUGUACUGAAAUCCGCCUGGGAAUGGUCGUCAGAAGACAGUAUUCUGCAGAUGCUUCCCAUGCACCACAUUCAUGGACUCGUCAAUGUUUUGCUGUGUUCUCUGGCGUCAAAUGCUCGUUGUGUUUUGACCAAAUUCGAUGAUCCAAUUCGUAUCGCACAUCGGAUGGAGCAGGGGGACAUCACGCUGGUGAUGGGCGUCCCGACAAUAUACACCAAGCUGGUUGCGGCCGUCAACCAAAAAAUGUCACCAAUAGAAAAAGCGGGCUUUAAAAAUGCCGUGUCGCAGAGUGUACGAUUGAUAGUUUCUGGGAGUGCGGCACUUCCUGUGCCAAUUCUCGAGGAAUUUCGAAAAAUCAGUGGGCACACGUUAUUGGAGCGAUAUGGUAUGACAGAAAUUGGUAUGGCGAUUGGCCAGCCGCUGCGUCCUGUUUCCGACCGUAUUCCUGGUACUGUAGGUGCCCCGCUGCCGACGGUACGAGUGUUUGUGCACAACGGUGUAGCCACUGGACAGACGGAGGAAGCAGGGGAGGGUGUGAGUGAUCCCGAGGCCAAGGUGGAGUUUGACGAAAUUGGUCAGUUAGCUAUUGCCUCUGAGUCGCUGUUUGACCGCUACUGGGGAAAUCCUGAGGCGACAAAGAAGGAGCUGUUGGUGAGCCAGCAGGGCCACCGCUACUUCAACACAGGUGAUACCAUCGGUGUAAAAAAGAUUCAUGGAAAUAAUAAUGAUGCCGUCUUUACAAUUCUAGGCCGCUCUAGCACAGAUAUAAUCAAGUGCCGGGGUUACAAGGUCUCUGCACUGGAGAUUGAGGCCGCGCUGCUCACGCGCAAAGACCUUUUCUUUGAGAUUGCCGUGGUGGGAUGCAAAGACAGUGAACAGGGGGAGAAGGUGGUGGCUGUUGUCUCACUGAAUGCAGAUGCACUGCGGAAGUGGAAUAUCCCGGACGACUUCGACCGCUUCGAGUCGCAAGAGCUUAACAAGGAGCUCAAGAACGUAGCGCGUGACAUACUUGCCUACUACAAGUGUCCGGAGCGGUUCAUUAUUCUCCCGGAAGUCCCGCGGAAUCCCACUGGGAAGGUAAACAAGAAGAGCCUCAAGACAAAACUUUUAUUGGACUGA